ACUAUAAGAAAAUAAACCCGGAUGACUACGAAACACAAUUAAAAACAUUCAUGAUAAGCCAUUUAGCAAAAUGUCUCUACUAUCAACUACAAUGUGAUGAAAUCUUAGUGGAAGUCACCAUAAAUUAUAUCCUGGAACUAGACGAGUUGUUAUCAUUCAUGUCGGAUUAUUACAAACGAAGUAUCGAAGAGUUUAUCGAACAAAAACUUAAACAACUCUCACAUAACUGCAUCGCAUACAAAAGAAUCAUAAAACAAGAACGUGAAACCAUCGAUCAAUCAUUCCAAACGUUAAUAGACCAGUUGAAACCUCUACAUGGUCAUCCAAACAAUAAAAACUUACUUGAAGAGUUAACUAUUCAAUAUAACAAGAUACAAGACCUCGCAAUUAAUCAACAAGUCUUAUUAGAUCAACAAUAUGAUGUAUAUGAAACACAAGUGAUCGAAAACGUCGCCAUGUUUGAAGUGCAAAUGGACAAGAUGGAGACACGUCUGAAGAAAUGCAUAGAAAACUUUAUUCUGCUUUACAUUGAAGAUGAACACAUUUUUCAACAACUCAGACAAAAACUUGCGUAUUUUGAGCGUAUAAUGAUGUCUGAUGAGGCAAUGAUUACCCCAAGCACUGAUUCAAUGAAUAUCGAGGUAGUGGAUCAGUUAAAUUCAAAACUAGAGUUACUAAAACUAGGAUUGAAAGUGUCUUCAGUCGAAUUCUCUUCGUAUAUCAAAUCCAAAUGGGUUAAAGCAUCGACAAUCAAAGAAAAGUAUUCCAGCGGUGAUUAUUUGAACACAUCGAAUGAAAAUAGUAAAGAAUUUGAUUCGAUUAUUACACAUUUUCGUAAUGAUCAACAUCUAUGUUUGAAAGAGUUGGUUUCCAUGAAGAAUAUUACCGAAAUGUGCGAAUUAUGGUCGAAUGUAUGGGCGGAUAAUGUUGAAGAAAUAAAGGCGCUGUAUAUUGUUAAGUAUACACCCAAAGAUAAAGUUGAAGAAAUUAAAGUUAAACAAGUUAAUCAAAAAAAGAUGAAGAAGUGAAUUAUUUGCGGUUAGGUUAUUGGCGGUUGCUUUGCGCAACGUGAGCGUUUACCUUUUCGGUGAGUUUAUUAACGCUGCGUCUUAACUUCCCAACUACAAAAGAUAAAUAAAAUGAAUUAAAUAUU